UACUCGAUCUCCAGCGAGGCCUUCAGGGGCAUGGGCUGGUAGAAACACUCCUUCUGGCCGGCCGGAAGAGUGAAAGUGAAGUCGCUGUCUAAGGAGGGCGUGAAGCCGGCCGCCCCAGGCAGCAGCUGAGAGGCCAAGAGGACCACCGGGAAGGGCAGCCAGAUCUUGUCGCCCAUCCCUGCCUGGGCGAUCUCGGGCUGGAAAAGGCGUGGGAGGCGUGGGUUAUAGGCGUCUAUGCUCCGCUUUUCCUCCCUGGACUCCUCGUGGUUGGCAGGGAAACCUGGAACCUGAAGAAACUCCAGGGAACUAGAGAUGUUGCAAAGAAAGCAGAAUGGGGACCUUAACCAUUGACUUGUGUUUGGGAGAGUCUUCUUAUUUAAGCAGAAGCAAAUUUGUGGAAACAAAAGAGGAAAGAGGAUAGAAACAUUUUCUCUACUAAGAUUCCAUAGCGUCUCAUUUAAUUUCCUGCCAGUUUCUUCCAAUAAGGAAAUGGAGUCUAGUUCCUCAGACUACUAUAAUAAAGACAAUGAAGAAGAAAGUUUGCUGGCAAAUGUUGCUUCCUUAAGACGUGAACUGAAGAUAACAGAAUGGAGUUUGCGGAGUUUAGGGGAAGAGUUAUCUAGUGUUAGCCCACGUGAAAAUUCUGGUUAUGCCUCUAAUCUCUCAAGGUCUGAAAGGCUCGUUCUGGAAGAUCUUUCUCAGCCUAGCCAGCUUGGACUUUUGAAUUACUCACCUUAUAAAAAAGUUUGUAAAAUGCCCAAUAGUGGUACUGAUUUUCAAAAAAAGCCAAGAGAUAAGAUGUCUUUUUCAUCUUCUACCCCUGUGGAUCAGGAAAUCAAAAGUCUUCGAGAGAAACUUAAUAAUCUUAGGCAACAGAAUGCUUGUUUGGUCUCACAGAAUCAUUCUUUAAUGACUAAAAUAGAGUCUGUCCACUUUGAAUUGACACAGUCAAGAGCAAAAGUUUCUAUGCUUGAAUCUGCUCAACAACAGGCAGCCAUUGUACCAAUCUUAGAAGAACAGAUUAUAAAUUUGGAAGCAGAAGUUUCAGCCCAAGAUAAAGUUUUGAGAGAGGCAGAAGAUAAAUUACAGCAGAGUCAGAAAAUGGUGACUGAAAAGGAACAGAGUUUGCAGAAGUCCCAAGAGGAAUGUAUAAAGCUGAAGGUAGACUUAUUUGAACAAAGUAAACAAGGAAAGAGAGCUGAACAACAAAGGAAUGAAGCACUAUAUAAUGCUGAAGAGCUAAGUAAAGCUUUCCAACAUUAUGAAGAAAAGAUGGCUGAAAAACUGGAAAAGGUUCAAGCUGAAGAAGCAAUAUUAGAGAAAAAUCUGAUUAACUGUGAAAAAGAAAAUAAAAGGCUACAGGAAGAGUGUGGUCUAUAUAAAAGUGAACUUGAAAUUCUGAAGGAGAAAUUAAGGCAGUUAAAAGAAGAAAAUAAUAAUGGAAAAGAAAAAUUAAGGAUCAUGGCAGUGAAAAAUUCAGAAGUCAUGGCACAACUAACUGAAUCUAGACAAAGUAUUCUUAAGCUAGAGAGUGAGUUAGAGGAUAAAGACGAAAUACUUAGAGAAAAAUUUUCUCUGAUGAAUGAAAACCGAGAAUUAAAAGUUCGUAUUGCAACACAGAAUGAGAGACUGGAUUUGUGUCAGCAAGAAAUAGAAAGUUCAAGGGUGGAACUGAGAAGUUUGGAAAAAAUUAUGUCCCAGUUGCCAUUAAAAAGAGAAAUGUUUGGUUUUAAAUCAUCUCUGUCUAAGCACCAGAUGAGUAUUUUGUCAAACAAGGAAGACAGUUACAUUGGCUGCUGUGAGACAAAUAAAAUGGUGAUUUCGGAAUUGAGGAUUAAGCUUGCAAUGAAAGAGGCAGAAAUUCAAAAGCUUCAGGCAAACCUGACUGCUAAUCAAUUAUCUCACAAUCUUAUUGCUUCUAAUGACAACCAAGAAAGUGGCAAAUUAAAUAGUUUAGAAACAGAACCUGUAAAACUAGGAGGUAAUCAAGUAGAAAGUAUAAAAGAUCAAAAUCAACAUACUGUGAACAAGCAAUAUGAAAGAGAAAGGCAAAGACUUGCUUCUGGAAUAGAAGAAUUACGUGAUAAGUUGAUGCAGAUAGAAGCUGAGAAUUCUGAUUUGAAGGUUAACAUGGCCCACAGAACUAGUCAGUUUCAGCUGAUUCAAGAGGAGCUGCUAGAGAAAGCUUCAAACUCUAGCAAACUUGAAAGUGAAAUGACAAAGAAAUGUUCUCAACUUUUAACUCUAGAGAAACAGCUAGAAGAAAAAAUUGUUGCUUAUUCCUCUAUUGCUGCAAAAAAUGCGGAACUAGAACAGGAACUUAUGGAAAAGAAUGAAAAGGUUAGAAGUCUAGAAACCAAUAUCAAUACAGAGCAUGAGAAAAUUUGUUUAGCUUUUGAAAAGGCAAAGAAAAUUCAUCUUGACCAGCAUAAAGAAAUGGAAAAGCAGAUUGAAAGACUUGAAUCUCAACUAGAGAAAAAAGAACAACAAUUUAAAGAACAAGAAAAGACAAUAUCCAUGUUGCAGCAAGAUAUAAUAUGUAAACAACAUCACCUUGAAUCACUAGACAGACUCUUGACGGAAAGCAAAGGGGAAAUGGAAAAGGAAAAUAUGAAGAAAGAUGAAGCUUUGAAAACAUUACAGAACCAGGUAUCUGAAGAAACAAUCAAGGUCAGACAACUAGAUUCAGCAUUGGAAAUUUGUAAGGAAGAACUUGCUUUGCAUUUGAACCAAUUGGAAGGAAAUAAAGAAAAGUUUGAAAAACAGCUAAAGAAGAAAUCUGAAGAAGUAUAUUGUUUACAGAAAGAGCUGAAGAUUAAAAAUCACAGUCUUCAAGAGACUACUGAGCAAAAUGUUAUUCUGCAGCAUACUCUUCAACAACAGCAGCAAAUGUUACAACAAGAGACAUUUAGAAAUGGAGAGCUAGAAGACAUUCAAACUAAACUUGAAAAACAGGUAUCAAAACUUGAACAAGAGCUUCAGAAACAAAGGGAAAGUUCAGCUGAAAAGUUGAGAAAAAUGGAGGAAAAAUGUGAAGCAGCCAAAUAUGAAGCAGAUUUAAAAAGGCAAAAAGUUAUUGAACUUACUGGUACUGCCAGGCAAGUAAAACUUGAGAUGGAUCACUACAAAGAAGAACUGUAUAAAAUGGAAAAAGAAAUAAAGCACCUAAAACGAGAUGGAGAAAAUAAAGCAAUGCAUCUCUCUCAGUUAGACAUGAUAUUAGAACAGACAAAGACAGAACUAGAUAAGAAAACAAACGCUGUGAAGGAGUUAGAAAAGUUACAGCACCACACUGAAACUGAACUAACAGAAGCCUUGCAGAAACGGGAAGUACUAGAGACUGAACUACAAAAUGCUCAUGGAGAAUUAAAGAGUACUUUAAGACAACUCCAGGAAUUGAGAGAUGUUCUACAGAAGGCUCAGUUAUCAUUAGAGGAAAAAUACACUACUAUAACGGAUCUCACAGCUGAACUUAGGGAAUGCAAGAUGGAGAUUGAAGACAAAAAGCAAGAACUCCUUGAAAUGGAUCAGGCACUUAAGGAGAGAAAUUGGGAGCUAAAGCAAAGAGCAGCUCAAGUUACACAUUUGGAUAUGACUAUUCGUGAGUACAGGGGAGAAAUGGAACAGAAAAUAAUUAAAUUAGAGGGUACUCUGGAGAAAUCAGAAUUGGAACUUAAAGAAAGGAACAAACAGAUAGAAGGUUUGAAUGAAAAAUUGCAAAAUGCCAAAGAACAACUUCGAGAAAAAGAGUUUAUAACACUACAAAAUGAACAGGAGAUAAGUCAACUGAAAAAAGAAACUGAACGGACACAAGAAAAGAUGAAAGAAAUGGAAAUUGUUAUGAAAGAGCAGGAACAGUACAUUGCAACUCAGUACAAGGAGGCCAUAGAUUUGGAGCAAGAAUUGAGGCUAUCUCGGGAGCAUUUGCAGAACUCUCAUACAGAAUUGGUGGAGGCUCAUCGUCAACAAGUGCAAGCACAGAGAGAAGUAGAAAGGCUGUCAAGUGAACUGGAGGAAAUAAAGCAACUCUCUAAAGAGAAAGAAGCUCAUGGAAAACAUUUAGCUGAAGAGUUGGGGGCUUCUCAAGUACGUGAAGCUCAGUUAGAAGUAAGAAUGCAAGCAGAAAUCAAGAAAUUGUCAGCAGAAGUAGAAUCUGUCAAAGAAGCUUAUCAUCUAGAGAUGAUUUCACAUCAGGAGAAGCAUGCAAAGUGGAAGAUUACUGCUGAUUCUCAAAAGACUUCUGUUCAGCAACUAAAUGAACAGUUAGAGAAAACAAAACUAGAAUUAAAAGAAGCUCAGGACACUAUAAGCAAUUUGCAUCAGCAAGUCCAAGACAGGAAUAAAGUAAUUGAAGCUAUAAACGAAGCAUUACUUAUUAAAGAAUCAGAAUUAACCAGAUUGCAAGCCAAAAUUUCUGGACAUGAAAGGGCAGAAGACAUCAAGUUUCUACCAGCCCCAUUUACAUCUCCAGUAGAAAUUGAGCCUGAUAUUCAAGAUUCAAAAUUUGCUAAGCAUUCUCACACAGCUUUCUUCAAGUGUAGAAAACUACGUCGCUCUAUUAGUGCCAGUGACCUUAGUUUCAGAACUCGUAGUGAUGAAGAUCUUUCUGAAGAAUUACUGCAGGACUUAAAAAAAAUGCAAUUGAAACAACCUUCAACAUUAGAAGAAAGCCAGAAGGAUCUGACUUAUACCCAGUCAGACUCAUUUAAACCUCUCCCAUAUGACCUAGAAGAUGAUAGUUCUGAGAAUAAUGACUUCAGUACACUUAGUGGAAUGCUAAAAUAUAUAAACAAAGAAGUGAGACUAUUAAAAAAGUCUUCUAUGCAAACAGGUGCUGGUUCAACUCAGGGAGAAAAUUUGUAAUUAAAAGAAGACGUUGAUGUGAUGAAAAAUGGAAUUUUUGAAUGUAAGGCAAAAGGAAUGGCUCUCAUGUGUUUUACUCACCCCUGCAUCCCCAGUGUCUGGCAUAUAGAGAUGCUUAAUAAACAAUUAUUAAGUGAACGAAAAAUUGAAUUAAUGAAUGGGAAGACAGGAAAGCCAGCAUAUAACAACCUUCAGUGAUAUGAACUGUGACAGAGAUGACCAACCAAGGAAAUGAU